GAUGUUCACGCUUGAGUGGCUGUUUGCCAUUGUUGAUUAAAAACAAUCUAUCGAUCACCUGUCUGGGGACCCGUCCCAGUUGGCGAGUGUGUUGAAACUGAUAUUAAAAUGGCCCCGCUUCGACGAAACAAGUGAUCUAGUUGGGCUCGACACCUGCUUUCACAAUUACAGAAUGGCAGAUCGAGAAUCGCACGAUGUCAGCCAUCUUGUCGCCAGCGACUCACAUGACCUUGACACUAGCAGAGAUUUGAAAUUUGAAUCCAACUUUGCCGAUAUGGUAUCCGCAGGUCACGUGAACGUAGCUUUCGAUGCGUCAUCAACGGACCCUCUACCUUCUGAACACUCUCAGCAAAAUGGCAAUGGUCACUUGAACGCGGCUUUCGAGGAAUCGUCAGCAGACCCUCUGCCUAACGAAAACUUUCAGCAAAAUGGCAGCAGCCACUUGGACGGGAAUGCUAACCUAGACCACGCGAAAUGCGUCCAAGACGGCACCACUGACGCAGACACCAGUAUUUCUAUUUCACGGCCAGUGGUGUUUGACAACAGAGGAGGUCACAACGUCGUUCUCCAGGAGAGGGUCAUGACGACGCUUCCGGACGGGUCAAGGACGAUUGAGACUCGGGCAAUACCUGAGCGCGGUCGACAGUUUCAGCGUCCGCUCCGAGCGAGACGGAUCACCUUCAUCAAAAUAUUUUCAGUUAUCGCGGCUGUGAUGUUUUUCCCUACCGGAAUCCCGGCCUGUUAUUAUGCAUUUAAGACGAAGAAGGCGUUUGAUGAAGGUCUUCUGCAAGGGAACAUUGACCUAGCUAUCAAGUAUGUCACACGCGCUGAGCGACUCAUCAUAGUCUCGAUAAUCCUGGCUAUCGUUGCCGGGGCGUUGGCUUUGGCCAUGUACGAGAGAGCUGUGAACGCGAAAGAUUACUCGUAUCAUCCAGGGAUUAUUAUUGGAGGAUAAACAACCACCACUGUUGUUCUUGUUAUCCAACCAAGUUUUGGUAGUGGAAACCCACCUCGGCACUAAAACGAUAGAACAGAUCAAUUUCAGAUGUCCCAGAAUGUUCUCAAUGUGUUCAGUGCUCAGCGACAGUUCAAAAGUAUAGAGCAGUGUGCUGACGCCAAACUCCACCGCCAGGGCCGUACCCUCCGGGGGGCGGGGCAGGGGGGGGGGGGGGGGGGCAGGGGGGCAGCUGCCCCCCCCCCCCUUUCCUGAGAAUCUUGUCCUUUUUUUUUAUAUAUAUAUCUCCAGUAAUAGCAUAGAAAUGUCAGGGUUUAAUUUGUAUAGUGUUUAAUUCCCUGUAUUUUGUAUGUCAUACGCUCAGGUAAUAUUCUAGAGGUUAUAAUAUGUUAUACGGCUACAGGUCUCUGACCGUCCAUAUUAAAUAAUAAUACUGUAUAUCGAGACAAACGCGCUAAAAAUAGAACAGGAAAUGCAUAACGGAAACAAAAUCUAAAAUGGCAAUGUCCAAUUCUCCAAUUUCUGAUGCGCCGAGCGCUAAGAAGGCAAAGAGAUACACACAACAAAGUGUAUCGUCUUUUUUUCACAAAUCAACAAGGUAAGUUGCUGUCAAGUCUUGAAAAAUUACCAUUUGCAUUAAUGUUGACACAAUCGAUGUCACGGACACGAUGUGUUCAGUUGAAUAAUAAAAUUAAUGCUGAUUGUAUAUUGCCUAAUCAUCUUAAUAGACCCUACUACUACUGUCCCUACUAUUAUAAAAUAAUAUAAAAGUGGUUUUUUGUGUGUGUUUUUUUGUUGUUGUAAUGAGGUGAGUUAAUAUAGCUGUAUUCCUACAGAAUCGUUUCCAGAAACAAAAUGCGUGCACAUAAGUUGCAGCAAGGCAUGCGUUGUCAAAACUGCGUUCACCGACACGUGUUCACGAACGCUAAGGGACUGUCUAAAAAUGUCAUCACUUCUCCUUAAAGGAAUAACCCUCUAAUACUUUUCAACACCCCCUGCCCCAUCCAAACUAAUUUAGUCAGGGAAAAAGCAGGUGUUGAAAUGUUUUGUGCCACAACACUUGUAGGACGAAACUGACAAGGUGUAUCUUAAAUGACAGACUCGGCAAAUCUUGAAACAAAUCGGAAACAGGACAUUUACGUAUAACUGAAGCACUCGUACCCGUGAAUUUGGAACAUCUUACACCAACAUGCAUGGCCAAAAUAAAUGAAUACUAUUCGAAAUUUCUGAAACGGGGAGAGUAUCUUCAAGUUGAAGUAGAGAAGUGGAAACACUUGUUCCAACAUACUCCAGUAGAGUCCAGACCAGCGGAUGGUUGUACCACUUUGGCAGCCUGCAACAAAGUGUAUUUCCCAGCAAUUCACCGAAUUCUGGUGAUAUUCCUCACUACUCCUGUUGGCAGUGUGGCAUGUGAAAGAUCAUUUUCAGCACUAAGGCGCUUGAAAUUGUGGACCAGAGCAAGUAUGGCCCAUGAUCGCCUUAGUGGACUAGCUAUGCUUCUUUGCCAUCGGAACACACCAUACAUUCCUUGCCCAGAACAGAUAUACUCUACAAAAUGUAACUGGAGCCAAUUAGCUCAUUAAAUUAAUGUACUACAGCUGUAACAAAUGUACAAUACUGAACUGCAAUAAAAACACAAUGUGCUUCAAUGUCACCUAUACCACAAACUCAAUAUGUGACAUUGCGAAACAAGAGCUGUAUCUACCUGACAUAUCUUACAGGAAUGACCUACACAUCAGAUUCUUCAGGAAUGUCCUACAUUUACUAUACAAAUCAAACAAACCUGCAAUUAUUUGGAGAGGAAAAAACCGAUUGCUAUAUCAUGCUAUCAGAAAUUGAAUAUAACUUUGGAAUUUGAAUUCAUGACGUCAUACUGCCACUUGUCUAUUUAGACUUCGAAAUAAAAAAAACACUUGUCUGUUUAGCUUGACGGAUUGUUGUCACAGUAAGUCUGUUUAGCUUAAGAGUGCAGCUUUAAAAAAACAUCUUAGACUUGACCCUAAGUGCCGUCCUAAAUUUAAUAAUGCCCUCCAAAAUAAUAUAGUAAUUCAGAUCCAACAACGUCAUGUCCCAACUCAUCUAAACCCUUCUUGCAUUAUAAAAUCCUACAAGAUAACUAAAGUCACCGUUUGAAAAUGGCUAACUUUACGAGUCCUUUAAAUAAUAAUUUUAAAAAAUCGGGUUACAAUACUCUGCCAAAUAAUCAUUGAAGUUGUUUAAAUUUAUUGUUGGAAAUUGGUCAAUUUUGUAAUUCAUGUCAGGAAAUCAUGCCCCGGACUUCUAAAAGGUUCCGCGUUCUUGGACAAGUCACAAUUUGUUUUAUAUAUAAAAAGUAGUGCCCCCCCCCCCCCCCCCAACUAGGAUUUUGAUCAGGGUACGGCCCUGAAAAGGUCCAGAUUUAAUCUUUAUAGUAUGUUAAAAAUUAUUUAUAAAAUUUAGUGCCCCCCCAUGGAUUUUGGUCAGGGUACGGCCCUGACCGCAGUAACUUGUUUUUUUGUGUGUUUUUUUUUAUAUUAAUAUUCAGGCAUGAAGCUGUUUUUAAUAGGGCAUUAUUGGUCUAUUCGUACGAGGGGAAAUGUAGACGAAAUGGUCCACUGGGUUCUUAUUCCAGGACCAGACUACGCCACUGAUAUCGACUACUACUAGCCGGUGCCGGAUGGCAGUAGCACGUUGAAGUUUAGAACGCAAGACGAAUAUUUAUAAUAAUAAUUGUUAAAUGUCUAAAGGCGAACCUCUAUCCUCAAAUUGGGUAUCAGUGGGUCGAAGUUUAGAACGCAAGACGAAUAUUUAUAGUAAUAAUUGUUAAAUGUCUAAAGGCGAACCUCUAUCCUCAAAAUGGGUAUCAGUGGGUCGAAGUUUAGAACGCAAGACGAAUGUUUAUAGUAAUAAUUGUUAAAUGUCUAAAGGCGAACCUCUAUCCUCAAAAUGGGUAUCAGUGGGUCAAAGUUCGAAGUGCGUCCAACUUUUCAUUCAAUGUCGCAGUCAAUGCUACCAUCCCUGCUAUUGGUGGUAAAUGUGGCAGUGUUUGUCAUAAACAGUUUAAUUUGGCCAGUAAAUUUCUAUAUUUUAAUUUGAACCAGUCUUCAUGUAGUAGCUACUACUGUGCCAGAAACGUGCCGGGUCGGUCUACAUAUAGGGUGACAAGUUUUGUGCGGAACUAGGGUAGUCGGAGGGUGGGUGCUGACACACCGUAAUCGUAAAGUUGUUCUAGAAGUUAUGAUAUUUUCCCUAUGUAUUUAUUAUUUAAAUACUAGUACGAUUUUAAUUUGUAGGUAGCAGAUAUGUAAACAAUGGCCCCUCCUAAACUCCCCACCCUACCACCACUACCCCUACCCCGGGAUUAAUUUUUGAACAGCCAUAUUCCGCACUCGCAUUAUGAUCAGAAUCUACUGCUGGAAACUACUCGUUAUAAAGAUGAAACUGUGAUUGUGGUAUAUACCAUAUAACGAAUGCAUUUAUGAAUGUCAUGUGUAUACUAUUUUAAUUGAUAUUCUUAUUUCACCUGUGUACAUCGAAUCUCAAAUUUAUUAAUAUAUCUGUAUAUAUAGUCUUAUAUACAAGUUAGGUGUACUGUAGAGUACAGCUCUCAUUUGUUACUAAACAUUAAAUAAUACUGUAUAUUUC